UUGCGGGCAGUCUGCUAUUGACUUCUUAUUGUUUUGGUAAACUUCGGGUAAUGUUUUUGUUUUGAUUGUUGUUUGCAAUGGAACGCCGCAACAAUAAUCCGGGAGCAGUGCAAUAUGGCAAUUUCAUGAAUUACUAUCAAUUCAAUUCAGCUAUCGAACGGGUUAAGCUGCUGCCAUCAAAAGAUAUUUGGCAGCCCAAACAAAACGACACGAGGACAGAAAAUGAGCCCUACUUGGUGCUCGACGUGGGCUGCAAUUGUGGCGUUUUCACCCAACUGUUACAAAAGUUCCUUGAGGAACAGUUACAGCGACCAGUGCAUGUGCUUGGCGUGGACAUUGACGAGCGGCUUAUCGAACGAGCGAAAGCGGAAAACACGUGUCUCGACAAGAUCAGCUAUUUUACCGCCGAUGUGCUGAAUGAGGAGCAAUUCGACUCACCUGUGCAGACUUAUUUGGAGCAGCAUCAUCGACAGAAGUUUGAUGCCAUCUGCUGCUACUCGAUUACCAUGUGGAUUCAUCUGAAUCAUCACGACAACGGUCUGCAAUUUUUUCUGCACAAACUGUCCCAAAUGGCAGAGCUGUUUGUGGUGGAGCCGCAGCCGUGGAAAUGCUACCAGACGGCUGAACGGCGUCUGAAAAAAACCGGCGAGGUUUUCCCGCUAUUCCUGGAACUAAAGUGGCGCUCUGAUGUGGAGCAACAGAUUCAGAAAUAUCUUGAGCAAGAGCUGUGCCGCCAGAGCGUUUACGAAUCGACGCCCACCAAGUGGCAGAGAAGGAUUUGUUUUUUCAGAUGAGGUUGAUCAUAGUACAAUAUGUUAACUAGAAUUUAAAAAUAAAAAAUAUUUGUAACUUAUGUUGUGCGCUUUUCGAAUUGGUAUGUUGCAAAAGUAAACAAUAAUCUGUUAUCGCCCGACCGCCACGUAAAAAUGCGGCUAUUAAAAUACCAGACAACACGUUUUUGGUAUAUUCAAUACUUAAUAAUUGGAAAUUGCAAAAAAAAAAAAGUUGUUUUUAAACACGUUUUGCAAAUUUAUCGAAGUGUAACCAGAUGGUAAAUUAUCGAUGCUUCUAUAUUUUGGUAUAUCUCAUCGGCAUUAAAACGUAUAUUAGCAGAUUUGUUGGCGGUCACACACUGACACAUUUUUGCAAUAUGUUGGCGCAGGUUCAGCGAAAACCAACGCGUCUCAACAACUUCUAAGCGAAAAUAACAAUACAAAAAAAAAAAGAAA